UCUACUGUACUUUCUAAAAUAAAUUUUAAAAAUCUACCAAUUAAAAAAAAUCAGCUCAAAAUGGCUGAGGACUGACUGUGUCCUCUUGGAAUUGUACAUUUCAGCAGUUCCCUUUAAGCUGGUGCUGUCUCUCCUCUCCUCUCUCUCCUCCCCCCUCCGGUUUUUUUUUUUUUUUUUGCAGGCUGGUUCCAAAAGGAGAAAUAGCUUUCAUGUCAGAAGGAAAACAGAGAAGCAAAGGGGAAGAGGCGGGGGCUGGGCUCUUCAUUAGCAGUUGAGAAAUUCCUAUUCAGUUUGAUCAAGGCAUACUUGUUUUCCUUCCAGCAAGAGCAACCCAUCACUUUCCAAAAGACCAAGGGUUUUUGGAUUGGGGGAGGAUUGUUUCCAUUUCAGUCUUGCUAAAAUAAAAAUCGAGGCAGAUUUUAAGAAGGCAGAAAUCCCACGAGGUAUUGUGAGCAGGUUGAUUCUCUGGGUUGAAUUUGUCUUCAGUGGUUUCCACCCUCCUGGGUUGUCCUCCCCCUCUUCUCUUCAUUCCUAUUUGUGAAAGGAGCAAAGGAUGGGAGGGUCCCUUUGGCUCUGGGCUGGAAUUUCAUCCGAAUGAUUGACCCGUCUUCCUACUGAGAUUGCACUGUUCCAAAGCCAAUGAAGAAUAUAUAUAUAUAUAUUGCACCAUUCAGCUGCAUUAGAAGUUAGCUCGUCUUGCGUUUGGAUUGUAUCUCCCAACUUUUUUGUGGUUUAAUUAAAGACUUGCAUUUUGACUCUUUGAUGGGAGGACAAAUAAUUUGAAAAGCAAUUAUUUUGAGUUUAGUCAGGAGAGAGACAAGUUCUUUUAAAAUAUCAAAUCUUGGGCAGAAAGUCACAAUAAUUUGGCAGUGUUUAACUUAGAAGGUUUAUAUGGCAUUUGGACUCCAUUCUGGAUUUUGUAUGGAAUUUUUUCAGUUCUCGCAACUUAGUGGCCUUUCUGUUGCAAAAGUGGAAACUCAUCACCAUCUGCGUUAGUAGACCAAAAACUGACUUUUUAAAGAGAGAUUGCUGAAAAUAAAAAUCUGUUGGUGUGAGACAUGGCUGAAAACUGGAAGAACUGUUUUGAAGAAGAACUUAUAUGCCCCAUUUGCCUGCAUGUCUUUGUGGAACCUGUCCAGCUUCCUUGUAAGCACAACUUCUGUAGAGGAUGCAUAGGAGAGGCAUGGGCCAAAGAGACAGGGCUUGUGCGUUGUCCUGAAUGUAAUCAGGCCUACAACCAGAAGCCCAACCUCGAGAAGAACUUAAAGCUGACCAACAUUGUGGAGAAGUUCAACUCUCUCAACCUGGAAAAGACUCCCUCCGUCUUACACUGUGUCUUCUGCCGUCGUGGGCCACCUUUGCCUGCCCAGAAGAUCUGCCUGAGGUGCGAAGCUCCCUGCUGCCAGUCUCAUGUUCAGACACACCUGCAGCAGCCCUCCACAGCACGUGGGCACCUCCUGGUGGAGGCGGAUGAUGUCAGGGCCUGGAGUUGCCCCCAGCACAAUGCCUACCGGUUGUACCACUGCGAGGCUGAGCAGGUUGCGGUCUGCCAGUUUUGUUGCUACUACAGUGGGGCACACCAAGGGCAUUCGGUGUGUGACGUGGAGAUCCGGCGCAAUGAGAUCAGGAAGAUGCUAGUGAAGCAGCAGGACCGCCUGGAGGAACGCGAACAAGACAUUGAGGAGCAGCUCUACAAGUUGGAGUCUGACAAGCGGCUGGUUGAAGAGAAGGUGAACCAGCUGAAGGACGAGGUGCGCCUACAGUAUGAGAAGAUGCACCAGAUCCUUGAGGAGGAUCUGCGCAAGACGAUGGAGAUCCUAGACAAGGCCCAGGCAAAAUUCUGCAACGAGAAUGCUGCCCAGGUGCUGCACCUCAGCGAGCGGAUGCAGGAGGCCAAGAAGCUGCUCAGCUCCGUUCAGGUCAUGUAUGACAAGACCGAGGACAUCAACUUCAUGAAGAAUACCAAGUCGGUGAAAAUCUUGAUGGACAGGACCCAGAACUGCACAGGAGGCAGCCUGCCCCCUCCCAAGAUUGGCCACCUCAAUUCCAAGCUCUUCCUGAAUGAGAUUGCCAAGAAGGAAAAACAGUUGCGGAAGCUUCUGGAAGGUCCCUUCAGCACCUCGGUGCCGUUCCUGCAGAGCAUCCCUAUGUACCCUUGCAGCGUCAGUAACUCAGGAGCCGAGAAGCGCAAGCACUCCACAGCUUUCCCGGAAGCCAGCUUCUUGGAGCCCUCCUCGGGACCCGUGGCCAGCCAGUAUGUGAGCCAGGGGGCUUCGGCUGGUGAAGGCCAGUCUGCACAACCCAUGGUGCCUUGUAGCUCCACCCAGCACAUAGUAGGACUUCCCAGUGGCCCCCAACCAGUUCACUCCGGCUCGAUGUUCAACCCUUCUCACUACCCCAACAGCACAUCAUCUCAGCAGUCUGUGCUGUCUCAGUAUGGUGGGCGCAAAAUCCUUGUCUGCUCAGUGGACAACUGUUACUGUUCCUCAGUAUCCAAUCACAGCGGGCAUCAACCGUACCCACGGUCAGGCCACUUUCCAUGGACAGUGUCGUCGCAGGAAUAUUCCCACCCCCUCCCACCUGCUCCCUCCGUACCUCAGUCGCUUCCGGGAUUGGCAGUGAGAGAAUGGAUUGAUGCAUCUCAGCAACACGGACGCCAGGAUUUCUAUAGAGUUUAUGGUCAGCCUUCCACCAAACACUAUGUCACCAGUUAACCAUCUGGUUUGGAUAGAAUCUUUACUGAUUUUUGAAAGUUUUUUUUUUUAAUCUAGCUUUUGUUGUUGUUUUUAAAUCAAACCCAUUUCCAUUAUUCCCUACCACUUGCCAGAAUCUGAGAGGGGCAUUGCUGUCAUCUCUGUCUUUAAUUUAAUUUUUUUUUAAAUCUUCCUUUGUAUCAGGAUGGGCGGGAGGGUGGGGGAAGCUGUGGAAAAAAAAUUAACAAGGAUAUCAAUCAAGCAUCCAUUUCUGGAUCAUGUGACAUUGCUACUUUCCGGUUUGGAAAACUUUUAAAGGGACAGAUGAUCCUUUUCUAUUUCAAAGUCUCUGGGCUCUUUUGGUUUUGCUUUUUAAAAUUCUUUUUCGCCUCCCAUUUUUUUAAGAGGAGAAAAUUUCUAUCAUUGAUUCAUUAAGAAAUGACAUUUGUAGAUUUUUUUUUAAAGGCUGAUUUUUUUGUGUUAAAAGACCACGUAUCGUGCAUAUUGGCAUUUUUUUUCCUUCUUCUUUCAGAGAUUUGUAAAUACACAAUGGCAGGAAAUGAAAUGCACAAAAAAGGGAAAAGAAACUUUUAAAAAAAGAAAUAAAAAAAAAUCUGUUUUAGUUUCCAGGAGGGAAGUGUGUGUCAAGAUGCACACAUUCCUUCCUGUGUUUCGUUGAUGCAACUUCCUCUAACAAGCACUUUGUAUUAAAAAAAAGUGGACUUCCUGUUAUAAGGUGCAGGUAUUUAUUCUGUAACCAAUUUUAGAACACACACAAAAAAUAUUCAAAUAAAUGUGAUCACUUAGUGCA